AUGGCGUCUUUCUUCCAGAGCUUCAGGAGCUCGACCAUGCCGAAGCGGCUGCUGCGGUAUGCCCUGUCGAAGCUCGAGCUUCUGGAAGAGGAGACGCUCGACAUCGAGAACUUGGAGUUCGCCCUAGGCCGGAACACUGUCUUCGAGUUCAAAGAUGUCGGCAUGAGACUCAAGAAACUCGAACGCCUGCUGAACCUCCCUCCCGCCUUCCAGCUCCAACGAGCCAAGGUUCUCAAGCUGACGGUGACCAUUCCUAUGGACUUCUAUACGAGCCCAAUAAGCAUCGAGAUCGACGGUGUCGACAUCCGUCUCAGUGUUGUUGGAGGCGACGAAGAUAAGAAUAAAGAGAGGGCGGCCAGGAAGACGCGCGGCGGCCCGGACGUUGUGCCAGAUACCCUUGAUCUCGCAGCUUCGUUUCUCGAGACGCAACCACUGGUAGAGAAGAGGAAGCUCGAGGAAGCUCUGGCAUCCGAGACCCAAGAUCUUGGAGCUUCGGUUGCCACGGCGGAUAACUUCGCAAGCGAGGAAGACGAGCCAGGCUUUGGCACCGGCCAAGCACUCUCGCUCCCAUUUUUCCUGGCAGAUUUCCUCCAAGGCAUCAUUGACCGCACCCAAAUCCAGAUUAGGGGCGUAAUCUUCCAGCUCGAUGUCGAAGUCCCUUCCGACGACAGCACAUCCGCUUCUGAUAUCGUGGCGUUUCAGAUCGCCCUCGAUCAGAUUGAUGUCGAGGGAGUGACGGCGGAGCUUAGCAAUAACCAGGACGAUCCUCUGAUCCAACCCAAGGAGGGUAAACGCCAUAUCGCCCUGUCCCGCAUACGAGCCUACCUCAUCUCGGAAGCCAAUGUGUUCUCGAGCUUCUCUCGGUCCCCAUCGAUGACAUCGCCUGCCAUUUCUCAAGCGCCAUCUUUCUCCGAGCGCGCCACGCCGUCACCACCCCCGCCAUCGCUUCAGGCGACCAAUCUGCGACACAGCAGUCACGUCGAUAAUUUGGCCGUUCACCCCAGCAUGCAUCAUAACGACGCGAUGGAAGACUCCGUCGAGCUGAACGAAAUUGACGAGGCUCUCUUACGUGACAGCGAGGAUGCGCUGCAAAUACCGUAUGACUUGGCAGAUGAGCCUGGACCAGAGGACGAGAAUACACACACACCACGAGCCUCGAUUUACGAAGAUUUCCCGGGAUCACACGCCGACAGUUAUAUUGCAUCGAAGCCUAGCGACAACGCUCAUGGCGUGGAAUGGGGUGAGUGGUCGUCGGAGCCGCCGCCAGACUUGCUCGAGGAAGCGCUGUCAAGUCCACUCCAGAGCUCUCCUCAUGUUCCAACCGACGCGCAACAAAGAAGUGACAGUCCAACAGGACUGGCUGCGGCUGAGCCCUCGGAAGACGAUGACCUGGCUAGGUCACAGCUCUUCACUCACGAGGAAGCUGAGAAUCUCGAGAAAUUUCGGCUGGGCUAUGCUACCGACGACAUCCUUUCGUUUGAUCAGAGCCUGCAGAUGCGUAUAUCUGUCAUGGAUAAAUUUCCUUCUCCGGGGGCGGAUGUCUCCUUGAAGCUCAUCCAGACGCUUGACUCGAUACGAACUGAAAUUACUACCCUUCCUUUGCUUGUACAGCUCGACUUGCGGAGGCUGGAUGAAACUUUCAGCUGGUUCGGAGGACUAAGCAGUUUCCUGCACAUGAGCUCUUCCAUGACAGCAAGUUCUUCGCCGUCCAGCAAAAGUCAGAUCCAGUCGCCAUCGAGGCCCAGAGGCGUUCAUUUCGACACCCCUAUCAACCCGGAUGACAAGUCUGCUUCCUCUCUAAACAAGAUUGACAUGAGAGUUGGCGGCUUCAAUCUUGAGCUCCGUGGCAAGGAAUGCAGUGUUGGCCUUGAGACGAGCGCUAUCAAGAUGGUCAGUAGGGCAUCCGGCAUGGGUUUCGCCAUCAGCAAAGCACGCCUCGCCGGCCCGUAUCUGAAAAACAGUUGGCGUGAUCCUCCGAUCAUGGUGACACUGGGAAGUCUUCGCUUCGACUACCAAAACUCGCCUACUGCCCAGGAUCUGGAGCGGCUGCUUGAGCUCAUCAUACCGUCAAAAGCCAAGUUCGACCAAGGAGAUAAUGAGAUCAUGGUCGAUACCCUGCUGAGACAGAGGCGAAAAGGCGCUGUUCUACGAAUUAACUUGGAGCAAUUCGACAUCAAAGUCAGCCAUUUAUUGCACCUUCAAUGCGUGCCUGGCUUGGGCGAGGAACUGGCACGCCUGGCAAUCGUUGCAAAAUACCUACCAGAAGAUGACAGGCCUGGUCUAUUGACAUUAGGAAAGAUCAUGGACGCCCGCGCGAGUUUCGACCUUGGUGGUCAGGUUGGUCUCGUUACGGCCAACCUGAAAGAAUUCGAAGCCGCACAGAUAACUAUCCCGUCGCUGAUAGCUUUCGGGAUUGGAUCAGUGUCGGUCAGGAGAAACGACGGCGAGGACCUCGUCAGUUCACCUAGUGCUGCUCAGCUAACAAGCCCUGUGCUCAUGGUGCGCAUGGUUGGCGAUGAAAUUGAACCGGUCAUCAAGGUUCAGGUGCGCGCUAUUACCAUCGACUAUCGGGUGCCAACCAUCAUGGAUGUCCUCGGUCUCGGUGCCGAUACUACUCCGCAAGACUUUGAGGCCAGUCUGGCAGCGUCUGUAGCCAACUUGGGUGAUCAAGCACAUCACGCUUUAACGAAAGACAACAAGCCGACAGCACCGCGUCGAUCGGGCGACCUGAGCAAGUCCAACAGCAAACCCAUGAAGGUGGACAUUAUGUCCAAGGAUUGUUUAAUCGGACUGAAUCCCUUGAAACAGCCCUCAAAGCUAUUCGUUGCCCUGACAGAUGCUCACCUGGAAGUCACUCUUCCCAAAGACGGCAAUACUCAAGCAACGCUCCAUCUCAACAAAGCAUCGCUUCUCCUCACCGACGAUGUUGCGAAGGCGGCCACUGUGGACGAGCGGAACACUGAACGCCUGCGUGGAGGCGAUGCUGCUUCGCAACAAGUCGCUGACCUGGCGGCGAGGGGCUAUGUAAACAUCUGUUUCAUCUCAGCGGCAAAGGUGCUUGUGAGAGUCAUCAACCCGGUUGAUGGGGAAAGACGCUUGGAUGUGGAGAUGCGUGAUGAUUUACUCGUUCUUGAGACAUGCGCUGACUCGACACAAACACUCAUAUCUCUUGCGAACGCGCUCACACCGCCGACGCCCCCAACGAAAGAGAACAAGUAUCGGACCAAAGUUGUUCCAGUACAAAACCUGCUGGCAUCUAUUGCACCCGAGGCAUUUGGCAGGGCCGAGGGCGCCUAUGACUUUGACGAAGACUUUCCAAUGGCACAGGGCCUCGGGAGUGACGAUGAGUACGACGUAACGACUGAGUCGGGUUCGUUGUCAGCUGCUUCGCACUUAUAUGAAGACGAACAUGUCAUGGAAGAGAUCUUUGACGCCGGAGGAUCGGCGAUCUCGAUCAAUUCUGCCGCCCAAGCGAGCCGUACAUCUGACUCGAACUUCAACAUCAGUUCGUCGGAUGUCUCUGACGGAAGUGGUGAUCUGGAUAUUGACGAGAACUACUUCACGCACCGACAAGAUCUCGACAGCAAAGCCCGAAUAUGGAACUCGAAACAAAACAGCUACGACCAGGCACCAGCUGAUCUUGUGAGACGAAGCCCACUUCGAGUCACAGUUCGCGACGUCCACGUCAUCUGGCACCUUUUCGACGGCUAUGACUGGGCUCGAACGCGAGAUGAGAUAACAAGGACAGUGGAAGAAGUCCAGACGAAGGCACUAGAACGGCGCAACGCAGGCCCUACGACCUAUGAAGAUGAAGAAGACGAUGACACAGCUGUCAUUGGAGACUAUCUCUUCAACUCCAUCUACAUUGGCAUUCCAGCCCAGUAUGAUCCUAGAGAUCUGGCGCAGAUGGUGAACGCAGACCUGAACGACAAUGCCACUUAUACCGAGACCGAGUCUGUGGCAACUACUGCAUUUACUGGUACAGGAGCUCGAGCCGGAGGGGCACCAAGGUCCAAGAAGAGAUUACGACUGGGCCGCAGCAAGCACCACAAAAUCUCGUUCGAACUUCAGGGCGUGAAUCUUGACCUCAUCGUAUUUCCUCCUGGUUCUGGAGAGACGCAAAGCUCGAUUGACGUCCGAGUUCAGACUCUGGAAGUCUACGACAUGGUUCCCACAUCGACUUGGAAGAAGUUUGCGACGUAUGACCAAGAUGCGGGCGAGAGGGAAAUGAACACAAGUAUGGUUCGCCUCGAGCUCUUGAAUGUCAAGCCGCAUCGAGACCUAGCUGCGUCCGAGAUGGUCCUCCGCGUCACCCUCCUGCCACUCCGCCUCCACGUUGACCAGGAUGCCCUUGACUUCAUCACGCGAUUCUUCGAAUUCAAAGACGACAAGAUACCUGUACACAGCUCCCCCAGCGACGUUCCCUUCCUACAAAGGGUUGAGAUUAUGGACAUCCCUGUCCAACUGGAUUUCAAGCCAAAACGAGUCGAUUACGGUGGACUCAAGUCGGGCCGGACUACAGAAUUCAUGAACUUUGUCAUUCUGGACCAGGCGCACAUGACUCUACGCCAUGCCAUCAUCUAUGGUGUGCAAGGAUUCGAUCGAAUGGGCAAGACUCUUAACGAUAUAUGGAUGCCUGAUGUCAAGAGAAAUCAACUGCCUGGCGUCCUCGCUGGUUUGGCACCUGUGCGCAGUCUGGUCAAUAUUGGCAGCGGUUUCAAAAACUUGGUUGAGAUUCCUAUCAAGGAAUACCAGAAGGACGGUCGAAUCUUCCGUAGCCUCCAAAUGGGCGCGACAGCUUUUGCACGCACCACCGGGACAGAGAUGGUCAAGCUCGGCGCAAAGCUGGCGAUCGGAACACAGACCGCUCUUCAAGGCGCCGAAGGGCUGCUUACCACCAGGCCGCCGACUGCCGAGGCAACGAACUGGGAUGGCGACGACCCAGCCGAUGCGGACGAUCAUCAGAAGCAGAUCAGUCUAUACGCAGACCAGCCUACCGGUGUGAUCCAAGGAUUGCGCGGCGGUUACCAGAGCUUGAUGCGUGAUUUGCACUCAACCCGCGAUGCUAUCAUUGCGGUGCCGGGUGAGGUCAUGGACAGCCAGAGUGCACAGGGGCUGGCUCGCGUGCUGUACAAACGAGCGCCCACAAUUGUGUUCAGGCCGGCCAUCGGCGCGAGCAAGGCGAUCGGCAAGACACUGAUAGGGGCAACGAACUCGCUUGAUCCGCAGAACCGACGACGCGCUGAAGAGAAAUACAAGAGGCAUUAG